ACGCCCACGGCCGGUACCCGAUUCUUCGGUUUGCGUCCGACGCCCCCCGUCGCCGUCGUCGUCUUUGUCGUCGUGUCGUUUCGUCGGUGUCUAAUCGAUCGCUCUGCUUUCCACGACCAUUCGUCAUGCUCCAGCACUACGUGUACAAGGAAGGAAGGUAAAGAGGGACAAGCUAUGAGGGACUGUUCGAACGAGAUGCGUUCCAACUGGUGGCAGUGAAUGGUCCGUUGGGUCUAUUGAAAUCGCCAUGGAACUUUGACCUAUUUGCUUGGAAGUCCUUGGAAGAAGUCGGUUUGGGGUGGUCAACAGUGGCUCACACGCAAAAGGUCACCUCUCUCCUAUAUAUAUAUAUAUAUAUAUAUAUAUAUAAUUUCGGUGCGGUUGAUUGUUAGGUCUGAAUACUUGGGAUGGGCAGUGUGGUGUGUGGGCGCCGCAUCUACGGGCAUCGACCACUUGCCCGGCCAACUGCAAGCAACCCUCUCUCGCUCCGCUAAGCUCGCUUUAUACCAAAACCGCCGCCGAAGGAAAGUGUGCUCGCUUCCUCCUCUACGCUCCCGAUUCCUUGUGCGGCGUUCCUUCUUCUGGAUGCCAUUAGGAGAGGCGAAGUGAGCGAGCUCCCCGCAUCCGAAACCUUAAGCGAGCGGAUUAAGAAGAGGAGGGAGUAGAAGAAGCCAAGGGAGCGGACCCGUCUGAUGGCGAGAGGUGCCGAAGCCGGCGAGACUUCGCGGCCGCCGCCCAACAUCCAGGCCCUACGGGUGCGGGCGAGGCCGGACCCCUUGCUGAUCGUCUGCCGCUGCUUCAGCUUCGUCACCGCCGUCGCCGCCGUCGCCUGUGUCUUCGUGAACGCCCUCUUCGCCGUCCGAUCCUUCAGAAACGGAUCUGAUAUCUUUGGCGGAAUAUUUCGAUGCUACGCGGUUGCCAUCUCCCUCUUCGUGGCUGUCGCUGAGACCGAAUGGGGUUUCAUCAUCAAAAUCUGGAGGAUAUUGGAGUACUGGGCAUGCAGGGGCAUGCUGCAGAUUUUUGUUGCUGUCAUGACAAGAGCUUUCCCGGUUGUCAGUGGAGAACCGAGGUACCUGGUGCUUCUUCAGGAGAUCUCCAGCUACUUGCUUCUUGCUUGUGGCUUAACCUAUGUGAUCUCGGGUGCAUCAUGCAUUGGUUUCUUGAAGCGAUCACGCCAGCAUCAGGAAACAACAAGAGAGCAAGCAGCUAGAGAUCUAGAGGAACUGAUGCAGCGCAAGGAAGAACUUGAGGCGUUGCUAAUCGUGGAUAGGACCUGACAGCAUGAGGAUUCAUUGCCACGAGCAAAAAUCUUGAGGUGCAUUGCUCUUGCCUGUUGAUGCAUUUGGCUGAUUAGGGGCAUCACUAUGGCAGUAGAAUUGCAUCAUUAAGCGAACUUGCUCUUUCAUAUCCUUUUGAUUCUUUAAAAAAAGGAAGCUUGUGAUGUUUGACAUAUCAGAAAUACUGUUUUCCUCAUGUCAUGUUUGAUUCAUGUCAGAGUAUGUAGUGCAUUUCUCUACAGCCUACAUAAAAAUAUUCAGAACAUUCUUUCUUCUUUCA